UGUUCCUUACUCUUUUAUUUAAAAAAAAAACUAACUAAACAAACAGAACCUUUUUCCACGACUUUUGCGCUCAUAGCAGAAAGUUUUCCUCAGACCGCCUUGGCAGUUUUUGUCCGCGGAGGUGACACCAGCUGCGGCGUGGGCAAUGCAAGUUGAGCCGCACAACAUCCCAACCUGGACGUCCGCGCUGACCGUGCUUUCAUAACAGAGGUCGGGAAAACGGACCUGACCGGUCAUUGUGAUGGGUAAAGAUUAUUACAAUGUGCUGGGAAUAGCCAGAGGUGCUUCCGACGACGAGGUCAAAAAGGCGUACAGAAAGCAGGCUCUGCGCUUCCAUCCGGACAAAAACAAGUCAUCCGGAGCUGAAGACAAAUUCAAGGAGGUCGCCGAAGCUUAUGAUGUCCUCAGUGACAUCAAGAAAAGAGACAUUUACGAUCGCUAUGGAGAAGAAGGAUUAAAGGGUUCGGGUGACGGCAGGGAACACUGUGGCCCCACUUUCAACUACACCUUCAACGGAGACCCUCAUGCCAUAUUUGCUGAGUUCUUUGGCGGCCGCAGCCCUUUCGAUCACUUCUUCCCAUCGUCCUUCGACGGCGACAUUGACGAUCCCUUCUCGGCGUUCGGCAUUGGAGGAAUCGGCGGGUUUCACAGGUCCUUUAAAGUCCACCCAGGUGGCAUCCACAGGGCACACGAGAAGAGGCAGGAUCCGCCUGUGGUGCACGAGCUGAAGGUGAGCCUCGAGGAGGUUUUCACCGGGUGCACGAAAAAGAUGAAGAUUUCCCGCAAGAGACUGAACCCUGAUGGCUGCACACUGCGCAAAGAGGACAAGAUUUUAACAGUAAAUAUCAAACGUGGGUGGAAAGAGGGCACGAAAAUCACUUUUCCCAGGGAGGGCGAUGAAACUCCAACCAACAUUCCUGCCGACGUGGUUUUUGUGGUUAAGGACAAACCCCACCCUUUGUUCAGGAGAGAUGGAUCAGAUAUAGUUUAUCCUGCAAAAAUCUCACUUCGAGAGGCAUUAUGCGGAUGCACAGUCAAGGCGCCCACUCUGGACGGCCGGACAAUCACUGUUACUUCCAGGGAAGUAGUGAAACCCGGGAUGAAGAAGCGCAUCACCGGAGAGGGACUUCCUCUGUCCAAGUAUCCUGAAAAAAGAGGCGACAUGAUCUUGGACUUCUCCGUUAAAUUUCCCGACAAACUGGGCGAAAACACGCGAGAUGCACUCGAGGAGAUUCUCCCCAUGUGACCGAAGUCCCUUCACCACAUUUUAACCAGCUAACAUUUCCAGUGGCGCCCUGCUGUUCAGCGCCAUGUUGCAGCCUAAACGAUUUAGGCUUGGGUUUUUAUUCCUGUUGGGUUUCAGAACCAAACCUGGUUUCAUGUGAAGGAAGAAAAAUCAAGCAUAGUGUGAAAAGUGUGAAAAGUUUGCACGGCUAAGUGAAUUUUGUGGCAGAGGAUUUUGCUUCUGAGCAGACGUGUGUAGCGUGCAGCCAGCUACUUAACCAAACCUCAGGGGCACCGAUGCAUGCUCGUGUGUAUUUCCUAUUUUUCGUUGUAAUAAAAAGUUCAGCGAAUCACAAGACGUCGCCAUUUGAUUGUAAUCCCGCGAUGUCACAAACUGCAGAGGAAAAUACACUGAACGUCUUCUGAAGGCUAUAAAUGUAACCCGUGCAAAUGAAUCUGGGGAGUAACAGAUUCCUGCCUCGGAAGGAAAUUUUGGAGAGAAAAAUAAAUUUCUACCAGAUCGAUAAGUCUGAUCAUGAAAAGUUAAAGAUGUUUAAGCUGUUUAAACACAUUACUCCUUAUGCACAUUGUUUGUGCCAAACAGCGGUCUCUGUGUAAUUAAAUUACAUGUGCAUCUAAAGGUUUGAAUCCUGCUGUCAUAUCUUAAUAGAUGAUUACUUUAAUUAAUCCUGUUAAACAAUAUAAAACAAAUUUAUUACAUGUUUUCUUUUUUUACCUGUGAGAAACAUUUGUGUUCUUGAUCUGAAAAACUGCAGUAUAAUCAUUUUUGGUUUAAUUUCUCUUCAACACACUGACUGCCUACUUCCUGGAAAUGAGUCGUUCCUCAGGUCCGAGUGAUCGCUGGGAGAUUGUUGGACGUUUCAGUGUUUAUGUUACCUCCUGCUUUUUCUGCUUUUCCUGGAGUGUUACUCUGAGUGUUAGGUUUUAGACACAGACAGAUGAUUUAAACUAAGAGAUGUCUCAUCUCUGUGGUGUUUUUUUGUAUGUAAAAAGCCUGUUUGUUUCUCUUAGAGGGAAAUAAAGAGCAUUAAAAUGUUG